AUGUUCGACGACCUCCAACUGAUUCAAAUGAGUGUACGCAUUUUGCGGUUCUGGUCACUCAUCUACGAGCAUACUUGGCGACGGUACGCUUGUUUGUCGAUGACGACUUUCUUGGUCUUCACCCAAUUUUACUAUAUGUUUCGCACGAGCGAAGGUAUUGAUUCCAUAAUUCGGAACUCCUACAUGUUGGUCUUAUGGUUCAAUACUAUACUUCGUGCUUACUUGCUGCUAUACGACCGUGAAAAGUACGAAGAACUGUUAAGAGAUUUGGAAAAUUUCUAUUAUGAUUUGAAGAAAUCAAAAGAUUUCUACAUACAAGACCUACUUAACGAAGUUAAUUCUACUGGAAAAUACAUGGCGCGUGGUAAUCUCUUCCUUGGACUACUCACUUGUUUCGGCUUUGCUUUCUAUCCGCUAUUUGCCACCGAAAGAGUUUUACCCUUCGGCAGCAUGAUUCCCGGCGUGGAUGAGUAUAAAAGUCCUUUCUAUGAAUUUUGGUAUAUUUAUCAAAUGAUAGUUACACCCAUGGGCUGUUGCAUGUAUAUACCCUAUACAAGUUUAAUAGUCGCAUUUAUUAUGUUCGGCAUUGUAAUGUGUAAGGCCUUGCAAUUUCGUUUGAAGACCCUACACCGUUGCAGACACGUUGAUGGGUUGAUACAUAAAAAUGUUAAGGAAUGCAUACGUUAUCAGCUGAGUAUUAUAGAUUACAUAGCACGCGUCAAUGGCUUUACGACUUAUAUAUUUCUGCUGGAAUUUCUGGCUUUUGGUACACUCUUAUGCGCCUUACUCUUCUUACUCAUUAUUGUUGACUCCUCAGCACAGGCAAUUAUAGUUUGCGCUUAUAUAGCAAUGAUUUUCGCACAGAUUUUAUCACUUUAUUGGUAUGCUAAUGAGUUAAGGGAACAGAAUCUUGCAAUUGCUGCCGCUGCUUAUGACACUGAGUGGUUCACAUUUCCCAUACCGGUGCAGAAGUAUAUACUUUUGAUGAUUUUACGCGCUCAGAAGCCACCAGCGAUUAUGGUGGGCAAUACUCAUCCGAUUACAUUGGAACUUUUUCAAUCCUUGCUCAAUGCAUCUUAUACUUACUUCACUUUGCUAAAGCGGGUUUAUAUAUAAAAUAUUUCGGAGUUUACUAAGC